CUCAAAUCUCGAUAUCUCUAUCUCUCGUACAGACACAAUCAUAGACUAUCAAGUCUCAGUCUCAACCAAUAAUGGAUUCCGAGAUCGCCGCCGACUAUUUUCCGUUGCUCAUAAUCUACAAGAGUGGCCGCGUCGAGCGACUCAUGGGUGAAACCACCGUCCCACCUUCUUCCGACCCACAAAACGGUGUCGUUUCCAAGGACGUUGUUUAUUCUCCCGACAACAACCUCUCCGUCCGCAUUUACAUCCCGGAGAAAGCCGCCGCAGCCGGUGAGAAACUCCCUCUCCUUGUCUACUUCCACGGCGGAGGAUUCCUCACUGAAACCGCUUUCUCCCCGACUUACCAUACUUUUCUCACGGCGGCUGUCUCUGCCUCGGACUGUGUAGCCGUCUCUGUAGAUUACCGGCGUGCACCGGAGCAUCCGAUUCCGACGCCUUACGAUGAUUCGUGGACAGCUCUCAAAUGGGUUUUCUCUCACAUCGCCGGAUAUGGUCAAGAAGAUUGGUUGAGCAAACACGCCGAUUUCAGCAAAGUGUUCAUGGCCGGAGAUAGCGCUGGAGCGAACAUAACGCAUCACAUGGCGUUGAAAGCUGCUAAAAAGAAACUCAGUCCCGGUUUGAACGAUUCAGGAGUCUCUGGAAUCAUCUUAGUACAUCCUUACUUCUGGUCAAAAACCCCACUCGACGACAUGGAAACGACGGAUGUAGCAAUAAGGACGUGGAUCGAGUCGAUUUGGACGUUGGCUUGUCCCACAAGUAAAGAUGGAUUAGAUGAUCCGUUCAUCAACGUGGUGCAAUCAGAGUUGGUAGAUUUGUCCGGGUUGGGUUGCGGAAGGGUUUUGGUAAUGGUGGCUGAGAAAGACAAGUUGGUGAGGCAAGGUUGGGGCUACGGGGCCGGAGAAGUGGACGUGAUGGAGACUAAGGGAGAAGGUCAUGUUUUUCAUUUGAAGGAUCCUAAUUCUGAAAAGGCUCAUGAACUCGUGCACAGAUUCGCAGGGUUUAUCAAAGGGAGACAAGUAACUUGGUGGUGGAACUAUCAUUCGGUGUUUGAGAUGUCUCUCCUCGCUCUCUGAUUUUUCAGUGAUAUGCAUGGUGCUUACAAGUUACAAGUUUGAAUUAAAAAGGUUAUUUUCACAUUUAAUAAAAAUUUUGAUUUAUACAAUUAUAAAAAGUUACAUACAUUUUUAAAAUAAUGGAUUAGUAGAGAAUUUAUUGAA